AUGGGGGAUCCUCCACCCCAUCCACCGCCAAUUCCACCGGAUUUAUUCAUCCUCAACCCUUCUGCGUCUUCUUCCUCUCCCCCUGUUGCUCCAUCUCGUCCAGAUACGGUGAUGGGGGAAUCGUCUUCUUCUCCCACUCCUCCUAUCAUCUUUGUAUCUCGAGGAUCUUCUUUCACUAAGAAGGGAAUCUUAGGUGCUUCUCCUCCUCUCUCUCCUACAGCUACCACGGUUACUCCGCUCCGAGAUCCAGUGGCGAAGACAAACCAGGAAGAGAAAUUGAAGUCUACAGACAAAUCAAAUUCGUCUUCAUCUCGACCAAAGGUGACAGAUGAUGGUUUCAAUUGGGCUACGGGUUUGAAAUCCACCUGCAAGAUUCAAACUUCCACGGUCCCGGUUUCGUUCUCCUCAGAAGGUAUCCCAAGGGUGAAAGUCCCAAAUGUGGUUUUUGAAAGAGGAGCUGAAAUUCAUUCCGACUACAUUGUCGGCAUAUUCUACGGUUCUCCUCCAUCCUAUGGCAAGAUAUGGGGAGUGCUCAACUUUCUUUGGGGAAAAGACAAGAGAGUUACCAUUCACAACCUUACUGCAAAUGCUUUUCUCUUUCGAAUCCCUUCUGCCUCGUUGAGAAAAAAAGUGUUGCAGCACGAACUUUGGAGAGUAGGCGACUCACCAUUUUUUGUCACACAAUGGAAAGCCUCCUUUAGUCUAAACCCUCCCUCACUACGAAAUGCCCCGAUCUGGGCUACAAUCAGUAACAUCCCUUUUGAUCUGAUAACGGAUGUAGGGCUCGGCAUUAUCGCUCGUCCUUUGGGAGAGGUAGUGGAUUCAAAACCCUUCACCAGUGUAAAUUCAGCGUCUAUCAAGGUUGUAAUGGACCUCACCAAACCAUUAACGCCUUCUAUGGAGCUUGAAAGGGAUGAUGGUGAAAUUAUCACUUUAACCGUGACAUAUCCUUGGCUGCCACCUCUUUGUUCGGUCUGUAAUGAGUUGGGGCACAAGGAGACACUUUGUCCGAAAGUACCCAAACCUCCAAAAUCAAGGAAAGAAGCAUCGAGCUCAGGGCUGUCAGUAGCUGACAAGGCAAACUCUGGUGAAAAGAGUAGAGCCACAUCGAAAGAGACGAAGGUAACGAGUGAGAACUCUCGGUUGGAAAAACCAGUGCAAGUUCAGGCUUCGAAGGGCCGAUCAGCGAAGCCAAAAGUUGACAACCCGAAACCUCAACAAAUCUACGUCCCUGUUUUGAAAGAGUCGAAGUUUGUGGUAAAUGGAGACAAUGGCGUCUUAAAGGAUUCUAUUUUGCAAGCUGAUGAAGGGAAAGCACUUGCAAUCACAGAUUCAAGAGCUGAUGUGUGGAAGAAGCCGGAAAUGGGAAAUAGGUUCAGUUUACCUUCUGCAGAAAACAGUAUAGAGGUGGAUGCAGGUUUCACUUUACCCACUCGGACUUCUCCGGCGAGGAAAAUGCAAGAGCCGGUAGACACUCUAGCUAUUGUCUCAAGAAACGCCUUUGACUCAAUAGCUAAUGAAGAGGAGGAUCAAUCGGAUGUUGAGAUCCAGGACCUGGUUGUUCAUCAAGGAUCCUCGCUCCAGUUCAAUCAAACACCUUUUUAUGUGGGUUCUCCUAGAGGCUCAAAGAAAAAGAGGAAACUGUACUCAAAAAAUUCGCCGAUCUCGGGUGGUGAUUUGCCUCUCACUACGGGAGGUCGCCACAAAAACUAA